ACCCGAAUAGCGAAGCUGCCUUCUCUAGCAAAGCUGCCAUCUCUGCAACCCUUCACCACCGGCCCGCCCGCCACACAAAAUACAUAAUACAAUCUGCUACUGAAACCCGCGUCUCGUAACCAAACGCCCGUUACAUAAGCCGCCUAAUAGAAAUGAUAUGAAUCGCAAGCGAAAGUCCACCGACAUCUUGGCCCAGCUAGGCGAGCCUUUGCCGCUUCCUUACCAAGCCAAUCCCCACACAAUCAAAAGCGAGCGGUCUUUUGAAGACUCGCCGCCAGUGCCACAGCCUCUAGCGUAUGGCCGUAUACGAAAACGGCGAGUGUCCGAGCGCAGAGAGCUUCUGGGACUGCGGAACGAAGAAUUCAAUGGCCCAAAUCUCGACGAACACGUCCCCCUACCGAUCUGGAGGCGGGACCGCGGCUCGUUCUCGACGGGAUCACACCCAGAGACAGAAAUAGAAGAGGACAUCGAGCAAUCCGUGAAGACCCCGUCUGUUUUGGACGAACUACAACAACAGCUUGACUUGCUCAAAUCCAUGUACGACAGCAAGGACGCCCUAGACGCGGACCACAGAAAGUUUGCAAAUGUCUCUGCGUCUCUACAGCAAAUCAUCGAGCAGAAGCAGCAGGAGAGUAUUGUGCAUGAGCUCGAGCGGAUCCAGAAGCAGAACAAGGGUCUACGAUCGCACCAGGGUGUAAACUCAAAAUGGAAGGCCGGUCUCUGGCUCUUGGCUUUUUUGCUCUUGCUACUGGCCUCCUUUGUGGCGGGGCAGUUCUCCUACGAAUAUUGCUACUAUUUCUGCUGACCAGCGGGUCAGUAUAUCACUGUCAUAUUAGACCCUUUCAGCCGGGAGAUCGCACUCCUUCCCCAGGCAUCCAGCCUGUUACUUUGAACCAUCCGUCGAACUGUGAUGUUUGGAACCACUCGUUGAAUUGUGACAAUUUGGGAUCAUCUGCUGAACUAUACUCAAUGGAACUAUUGAACGACAAUAGUUGGAUCCAUUGAACUAUAAUGAUUGGCAUCAU